AUGCCAGAACGAUCUUCUAGUGGCGGGCGACGUAACUCGUUGAUCGGUGGGCUGAUGGCACGCAAAUAUGAGAACAAGCCGCGACCUUCAGAGCCCUAUCCUGGGCCAAAUAAGGUCAGUAAUCGAGAGUUGAUCCACGGAGUUGCCAGUUCAUUCUUUGAAGCGGCUUAUCAAAGACUACAGUCAAGUAAACUCACUGACAAGAUCUCAAUCGAUGACGAUUACGAAAAUUAUGCACAAACCAGUGUUUCUGAAAGCUCAGAGAGCUUCUGGAAGGAUGAGAACUUCACGCAAGAAUACGACAUUCCAAACGUCAACAACGAAAUGGAAGAAGAACCGCUGGCCGGUGCGCAUAAGAUCAAGGAAAAGGAUGAAAAGUUAAAAAGUAGGACUCAAGAGCACUUUGUAGACAUUUUGCUGGACAAAAUGAUCUCAACCAUCUUGCCUGACACUUUCCCAGAACGUGAACAAUUCACCCAAAGAGUCAACGAUCCGUUGCGCAAGAAAAGACAGAAACUGUCGGCUACUAUCUUCGCCAACAAUCUGAAGGUUUUGACCACAAAAUUGGGAGCCGUCUUUGAACUACAAGACUCCAUUAUCCGUCUUGUCGCAUGGCGAAAUCCGUCUGGAACGGUAACGAUGCUCAUAUUCAUAAGCAUGAUAUGCUUUAACCCCAUUUUUCUGGCAAUCAUUCCGCUGCUAUACGUUCUGUGUGGAAUUAUGCUGCCAGGUUACAUGCACCGUCAUCCACCUCACAGAACAGCAUUUCUCUCUAGACGCACAUACGGGAAAUCGCUCGUGGUGUCUCUAGCGAGCGGUGGAAAGAAAAUGAGCUGGCAUCCCAGCGACGACGUCCAGGAAUAUGAAUACAAUGUGGAUGCAAAUCCAGAUGAAUACCAAAGAGCUCAUCAUAUAAAGCAGAGCAUGGAAUUUGUCGUAAACUUGCGAGAUUUGCAAAAUAGUAUGUCAACAAUGGUCGCAUUGUCAAAAAGCAUGGAGAAAUUUGUGUUUGGAACUGCUGGCUUCAAAGACGAACACAGGUCGACAGCCCUUUUUUUAGCGGGACUUUGCACGUUGCUGAUCCUGUGGCUUAUUUCUCCGCUCAUCAACUGGAGUGUCACAUCUACUUUAAGUAUCUGGACAAUCAUGAUAGCGAUUCAUCCAAAGGUCAGAUGCAAACUUGCUCGAAUAAUCAAAGAGGAUCAAAUUAACCGGGGUAAAAAGGUACUAGAAAAAACCGAACGUUACGAUAUCAUUCUUGAUGAGCCUCCGGAUUCAAGAUUCAUUGAGAUUUUCGAAAUUCAUAAGCGAGGUGCCAUCCCUGAAGAUUGGUCGUUCCUGAAAUUUUCUGGUACUGUGUUUGACGCACAAGAUGGCCUCAGAAAAGCUCAAACGCCGCCUCCCGGGGUAGACAAUCUUGAUGAGAUUAAACCGCCAGUUACUUGGGCCUUUGACAACAAUUCCAAUUGGGAAAUUGAUUACAACGUCGAAGGAUGGUCUCAGGACCGCGGACUGACGCUCAAUAUUGAGGGUGAAUAUUUGGUCGAUAGUUCGUUCAAACGUCGUAGGCUGACUCGUAAAGUCCUCAGGUAUGCUAACCCAGCAAGAAAACCGUCAUACAAAUGA